CAUAACAUUGUAAUGUAGGACAUGGAUUCUACAACAUCAGGAAUCAUCACUAACCCAGUGUGUACGACCAAUAUUGUGGCAACAGCAAUGUCAUCUGCUAAUCUGUCUCCAACAGCUGGCUCUCCUGUAAGACUUCCAUUAAUGAGCACAUCUCCUGUAGGAUCUCAUUCUCCUCAUCAAUUUGAGCAGAAAGAUCUAGAACACAGAUUCUCACCAGUGUCUCCAAACCGUUCCCUACAAUCCACCGAAUCAAUGGAUAUUGAACGCAAACCACCGACCCCUCACAAUGCAGAUGACAACAGGACUCAUUCUCCCAAACCACAGGAAUCUCAUCCUAUGAUGAUCGAUGGAGAAAAUGAGAAAAUUGUGAUUAUUGGAGAUCCAGGUGGGCAAAUCAAUAAAGACGCUCAGAGUCCCAUGAUGGCUGGAUCGCCAAUAUCACAGAAAUCACAAGAUGGCAGCAAUGAGAUGAGGUCUAUUGUCCUAAUCAACGAGAGCUCGGGCAGUGUCAGUACAGUUCCAGUAAGCAAGGAUGGACACCUGAUGCCGCCAUCACCCGCACACACACCCCAACCACCCAUAUCUCAACAAAUGUCAACAGACAAUGACCACGGAGUCAGAGCUCUCAUGGUUUACAAUGAAAGAGGCGAACCAGUAGCAGACCCGAUAAUACAAUAUGUUCCUAACCAGAAUAGAGAGGACAGUUUGCUGAUGAAGGAAGACAGUUAUCCCAUAACUUGUGGCAACAGCAAAGGAGAAUUACAUUGGAAGAAAUUUAUUUGUCCUGGCAUCAAUGCUAAGUGUGUCCUGUGUCACAAUGUAUGGAUGACGCCGAAAGAGUUUGUUCAGGAAGCCGGAAAGUCUACAUUGAAGGAUUGGAAACGAGCAAUAAGAAUUAAUGGAACCAUGUUAAGAAAAAUGAUUGAGAGCGGUGACGUUGACUACUAUCAACACGAGACAAAUUGUUCGAACCAAUGUCGAAGCAAUAAAGGAGCGAGUUUGGAGGCCACUUCGAGUAGAGAGAGUUUCAAUCAUUCUUUUGAUCUGGCCGACACAAAAGAUUUUUAUUCACAGCAUUCAAUGAACGAAGGGCCAUCCUUGGAACGAUCAAACUCUGAAGAUAAUACGAUGUUAUUGAACGCGAAACGAGCUAUGUUAUCUGUGCAGAGAUUGUCACAGGAAAGCCAGAAAAGUUUUGGUGGAAUGAGUUCGUUAGAGCGGUCAAGUUCAGAAGACUCAGGAUUGGCUCCUUCACCUCAGCUAGAUGGGAUGGUCAUGAGAGAAUCCAUUGCCACAGCUGACAAGAUACAAGAUCUCCAAGCGUUCUGGUCUGGAAUUAUCAGAACUGACUUAUUUGAUGAAGUUGUUCAGGAUGUUGUUUCACAGGUUUCAUCGAUACAACACCGAGCAAAAACCUCUCCGAUAGUGUCAGCGGAAGACGCUGUGAUGAUGACAAAUCUUGCGAACGCUCUGGAGUUGAUUCCUACAAUCGCUCAGAAGAUGGCAACACAUAAAAUGACAGUGGAAAGACAGGCUGAACAGUCAAAUCUCGCUAUCCAAGAACUGGAGCGAAAACUGGCGGAACACAAACGCUAUGAAAUAGAUUUGAAGCGAAAAUCACAGCAUCUUGAGAGCGUGAUUAAUCUAACGCCGAAUGAGAAACGGAAAAAGAAAAAUAUGGUUCGACUCUACCGCCAGAAAGCUGUGGAACAUCAACCAGGUCCAAGCGGUCAAGCUGGCACUUCAAGGUUGUCGGCCCCUGAUAUUGUUGGAGUCGUACCCACUAACCCUCUGCUGCGCUACCCAUCCGAGAUGUGGGUCCCUCACUCAAGUUCUGCUGUCGCACAUGCACUACAGGUGAUUAGAAGCAGGUGGCAUCCAAUCAGAUCGCACAGAUGAAUGUAUCGGGUCGUAUGAUCAGCAUGCCCAUCCCCCCACACCUCCUGUCAACACACGACCCAUCCAGUUUCCAAGUAAACCAGGACUCCAGUAAGAAAUGAUGUCAUAAUGGUACCAUGACAUCACUACUAUGAAGUCAUAUCUAUGUCAAGCUGCCGUCCAAGAGUCUGUGAACUCUGAUUAUGAUGUCAGACUAUAAAGACAUCACAAAGCUGAUGUGAUGUCACAAUAAAAACCUGACGCUUCAUGUUUGGUAAAGUCUUUUGUCACGUUUGCGCUUUACUUGUUUCAUCUUUUGUGACGUUAUAAUUAAGCUGAAUUUAUUUAUGAUGUCACAUUUCUUUUUAUUGUGAUUUCAUAAUGAUUUAUACAUAUAAUAUAUAUAUAACUGUUUGAGAUUAUGAGGGGGAUGCCAUGAAGCAACAGAGUUAUUUCCAAUCUGCCUAAAUAUUGAUUUCUUACUAAAGCCAGAAAUUCAUGUUAAUUACUUUGCAUAAAAUAGGCUUUUGGUAACUUUGCUCAAGAGAUGAGUUUCAUUCAAUUCUGAGCGAGUUUUCGCAACCUUUUUUUUGAGACGAGUCUCCUUUGCUUCUGAGCAAGUGCCCGUAACUUUGCUCAAGUCUUCUUUAUUUAUGAGUGAGUUUAUAUGGUUCUGAGAAUUUCAGUGUUUCCCAAAACCUUACUCUGAUUUUUUUUCUAUUUCUGCGUAAAUGCGAGUGACCUAAAAAUAAUCAGUAAAUUUAGUAGCAAUUUAUUAUUUGAAAAAGUUCCGUCUUGCUUUUUUUUUAAAUAUAUUUUGAUUUCUUGUAUUAGUCUCGAAUUUAAAAGUUUGAAUAUUCAAUGAAUAUUAAGUUUUAUGAUGUAAUAAUUGUCCUGUCGACAUCCUUCUUUAUGAUAUAACAAUCUAUAGGUUUCUCUCAACUAUUAUUGCUCUAAUUUUGAAUAUCGACUCUAUACCUUGCUUCCAAAAAACCUUUAUAAAAAUCGACAUUUGUGAGGGCUCACCCUAAUUUUCUUUCUAUUCUAAAAUAGGAGCUCACAGGGCAGGAAGUUGCCGAAACUUUAGAUGAGAUAUAUAAAUGUACUACGGUGUUGUGUAUGGAACUGCAAGUCCUUGUAUAUUUCCUACUUCAGAUCCGUAUGUAGCCAUUGCCACAAGAAAAUGGGUGCUCCUGAAGUAUGUGCUCCAAGAUGUCGCAUAACCUGGUACACAACCUGAGUUCAGGUUGUGCGCCAUCUUGGUUUUCUUACUUUCAUUUAAGGAAUCUUGAUCUUGCUUUGACGGAAAUUGCUUUUCAAAAACUCUAAAAUAUUGGAAAUUUACCCGAACAGUCUAUUGCAAGGCUGUCCUAGAAUAUAUAUUUCUUUUGUUUGUACUCAUUGCCUUGGAGUUGUUUUAAAAGACUUUUUUUUUUAAUCCAUAAGGGCACAAAUGGAAAAAAUUUCUUUGGGACAACAUAUCUUUUUGACUUUUAAACAUCUCUAACUUCAACUGAAAUACUUUGAAAAACCAGAUCAAAAAGUAUUUUUAUAUAAUUUUUUAAUUUGGAUUAUUUCGAAAUUUCAACAUUUGUCCAUUGUCUUGAAACGCAAACGCCCUGUUUGAAAUGCUCGAAAAAUUUAUUGUUGGUUUUUAAGUAUUUGAGGAUGAAGUCACUAUGGAUAAUGUUUACAGCAAAUUUUCUAAAGUAUUUGAGCAUUUAUUGCAUUCAUGAACAGACUUGAGCAUGGCACACACAUCGUUUGCCAUCACUUGUGCAUUUGGUCACUGGGAUUUCAAUUAGCUGCAAUGCUUUUGCAACUAGAUUUCGGCAAUGGAUCAUGGUCCCCUAUUUUACCAGUUGAGAAUGUACCGCAAGCAGUCGCUAUCUGGAUACAAAAACAAUUCAUCUUUCUGCAGUAAAUGUACAGUUGAUUUAACUCUUGUUUUUAUAUUUUUAUUGAAUUUCUUGAAAUUUUUAUUUUUUAUGUUUUCGACACAGUUUUCUGUAACUUUAUUCAAACCAAUGUAUUUUGAAAGACAUUGUUUUCCCCACAAGGUGGGGAUAUAAUUUUUAUUUGGGCUUGUUGAGGUGGGGACCCCAGUCAAGCAUACACACAGGAAGCGGUUUUUCCGUUUUGAUACAAAAUGUAUUACACCCUGAGUGAAUUGAACACAGGUUUGCAACCCAAACUCUAUUCAAAUUGGCGCCAUUUUUUAUUCACUGGCUCAUAAUUUGCCAACAAAGACUAAAUAUAGUUUCAGUAACUCUCGGCAUUUAGGCUGUUGCCAGUUACUUUUUCCACAUAGAUGAGUCUUCUUUAUUUCUGAGUGAGUGCGGCAACACAAUUCUAUAUAUAGUUUCAGUUGCUAUUAUCAUUUCAGUGAUGGUCGAUUUUUACCUUGAUGAGUUUUAUUCAUUUCUUAGUGAGCGCAUGUAAAGUUAUCAGAAAAAAACGCCCUGACCUGUUACACCAACAUAGUCCAACCUUCCAUGUUCGGCCAAUGCUAGAUUGUUUCAAACUUGGGAUACGUUUGAACUUUUGACCCCAAAACAUCCUUGGACCUCACAAAUAAACCCCUGCGCAAUUUUUACUCUUUGCUUGUUGUGACGUCAUCAUCGGUGACGUCAUAUUUCUUGUGAAUAAUGUUCCACUUGAUGUUGUUGCAAGUAAUUGUCAAUACAUGAAAUUUUUAAUACUUUGUUUUA